UUUUUGAUUACAAAUUUCUAUCAAAAUCUCAUUUGAAGGGAUUUGAAAAUUAUAAGUACAGUUCACUGGACACCAGCCCUCUUAGCAAUUAUGUGAUGCAUCCCUUCUGGAACCUAACGGUUCAGAUUGUUCCCAAAUGGUUGGCACCUAAUGUAUUGACAUUUGUCGGCUUCCUGUUUACUGUGGGCAACGGCAUCCUAUUGACUAUUUACGACCGAGAUUUUUACGGAUCAAGCGAUUCAGUGGACAAACGCUUAUGGCCGGCAGUGCCCGCUUGGGUCUGGYUAAUCUGUGCUGUUAAUCACUUUCUAGCCCAUACAUUGGAUGGCAUUGAUGGCAAACAAGCCCGACGUACCGGUUCCAGUGGACCACUCGGAGAACUUAUGGAUCACGGAAUGGACAGCUGGACGGCACUAUUCAUACCAUUCUGUAUAUAUUCAAUCUUUGGACGAUCCGACUAUAGCGAGUGUCCAUUGAGAAUGUUAUUCAUAUUUUGGACAAUAUUCAUAACAUUUUAUUUGUCUCAUUGGGAAAAAUACAAUACCGGCAUACUAUACCUGCCCUGGAGUUACGAUGUCUCCCAAAUAGCUCUAAUGAUCAUGUAUUUGGCUACUAGUUUCUGGUCGUAUAAGUUAUGGAAGUUCGAGAUGCCGUUCCUUGAGAUUACCAGUGGCCGACUGUUUGAAUUGAUAUCUUACGCUGGUUGUUUUAUAGCGUCAGCACCCGUCACCAUAUAUAAUGUAUAUUCCUGUAAAACCCAAAAACAGCCUAAUUUUUGGGAGUCAUUCCGGCCUUUGAUGCCUCUCUUAGUCUUAUUUUCGACUACCACUGCUUGGGCCGUAUUUUCCCCAAACAAUAUUAUUGAAAUUGAUCCAAGGUGCUUUUAUUUUAUGGUCGGAACUGUCUUCUCAAAUAUUGCUUGUCGGUUAAUAGUUAGUCAAAUGUCUUCAACACGAUGUGAAGCCAUCAACUGGUUUUUGAUGCCGUUAGCGGCCAUUGUCUUAGUGGUAACAUUGUURCCAAUCAGUCAGUCGCAGGAACUACUUCUUUUGCGAGCCAUGUCUCUAUUGUUUACCUUAAGUCACAUUCAUUACGCUGUUUGUAUUGUACGACAAAUGUGUGAUCACUUCAGGAUCAACUGUUUUUCGUUGAAAAAGAGGGACUCCGCUGACGAUAGUGAAGAAGCAGAAAGUUUAGUUUAAGACCUGGUUUAUCAAAAAUAAAUAAAAAUUGUGGACCGAAUAUUUCAACUCAAAACCUCAUUGUAUUUUUUAAAACAUAAUUUUUGAAUAUAUAUUUCAAAAUAAUAUAUAUUUUUAA